UUUAUCUGGUGUUGUGGAACCUCCAGGAAUCAGUGUAGGUUGUGUUUCAGAUGAUGAGCGAUUCAGAGCUGUUGGAGAUACAUAUAGCAUCUUCAGAAGUGGUUAUGCAUUUUUUAUAUGAAGGAAGUCACAGGGAGAAAUACGCUUUACAAUGAAUCUUACAGCAAUGAACCAAAGCGAUGUCUGUCAGGAAUAUUUGUGUUUAGAGAGAUCUGUUUCUUUUUCUGUCUAUGUGAUUCUGUAUGCGGCUGCAGCAGCUGUGUCUCUUCUGACCGUGUGUGGAAACCUGCUGGUCAUCAUCUCUGUUAGUCACUUCAAGCAGCUCCACACACCUGCGAACAUCCUCAUCCUCUCUUUGGCUGUGUCCGAUCUUCUAGUUGGAGUUUUUGUGAUGCCUUUUCACUUAUCUUGGCUUAUUGAAUCAUGUUGGAUUUCUGGUCCAGUGAUGUGUUCAGUUUUCAGUUUUGUGACUUUUCAGGCAACAAGCGUGUCUGUUCAUACUGUGGCUCUGAUAGCAGUUGAUCGCUUUUUGGCUUUAAGUUCUCCUUUUCUUUACUCUGAGAAGAUCUCAACUGCUGUGAUCUGCAUAGCAACUAUAUUUAACUGGCUGUUUUCACUCCUUUAUAACUUUACUCUUCUUUAUGUUAAUGGAAAAUUCACUGAUGUCACGUGUCCAGGAGAAUGUCUUUAUAUCGUAGAUGAGGUUUCAUCCCUCAUUGACCUCAUAGUUGUGUUUCUUAUGCCUUGUACACUCAUUAUAAUAUUAUAUUCUCAUGUUUUUGUCAUUGCUAAGAGACAUGCGACUGCCAUAAGAGCUCUUCAGAUUCACAACAGAACAGAAUCCUCCAAAAACAGAGUCAGUGACAAAUCAGAGCGAAAAGCCGCAUUAGCACUCGGGAUUCUGGUUUUUGUGUUUCUCCUGUGUUUACUGCCAUAUUAUAUAUUUUCUUUAACAAAUUUCUUAAAAGAUGACUCAUUUUCUAAUCUUAUCAACAGUGUUUUGGUUCUCUUUUACCUUAAUUCCUCCAUCAAUCCACUUAUCUACGCUCUGUUGUACCCUUGGUUUAAGAAAAGUGUUAAGAUAAUUAUCACUUUUAAAGUAUUGAACACAGACUCCUCUCUGAUGAAUGUUCUGUCAUUAAGCUCUUAA